UGGUCUGACCAAUCGGAGCACGAGAGCUGCGCGGGUGUCCGAAGCGGAUCGCCGGAUCCCCGCCGCGCCGGACCGGUGAGAUCCAGCCCCCGCCGGCCGAUCCCAUGGCCCCCGCGGCGGCCCGGGUCCUCGUCCUCGUCCUCGCCCUCGCCGCCGCCUCCUCCCUCGCGGGGCGCGCGGACGCCCUCCGGUCGCUCGGCGUCGGCGACGGGGCGGAGGCCGCCGCGCAGGGGGACUACGCCGUGGACCUCAACGCCACCAGCUUCGACGCCUUCCUCACGGCCUCGCGGGAGCAGUUCGCCGUCGUCGAGUUCUUCGCCCACUGGUGUCCAGCUUGCAGAAACUACAAGCCUCAUUAUGAGAAGGUUGCGAAACUUUUCAAUGGUCCAGAUGCUGCGCAUCCUGGCAGAAUACUGAUGGCUAGGGUUGAUUGCGCAUCAAAGGUGAAUGUAGAUCUUUGCAGUAGAUUUUCUGUUGACCAUUAUCCUUUCCUACUUUGGGGCCCCCCACCAAAAUUUGCUAACACUAAGUGGGACCGGAAGCAAGAGAAAAGCGAAAUAAAAUUGAUUGAUGAUGGAAGAACAGCAGAGCGCUUACUUAAGUGGAUAAAUAAGCAACUGGAAAGCUCGUUCACUUUGGAUGACAGAAAAUAUGAGAAUGAAAACAUGCUUCCAAACAAUGCUUCAGAUCCUAAACAGGUUGUUCAAGCAAUUUACGAUGUUGAGGAAGCAACAGCUCAUGCGUUACAGAUAAUUUUGGACAACAAGAUGAUCAAGCCAGACACUCGUGACUCUCUUAUAAGGUUUUUACAAAUUUUGGUGGCUCAUCAUCCAUCCAAGAGGUGUCGAAGAGGAUCUGCUGAUCUACUUAUUAACUUUGAUGAUCACUGGCCUUCGAACCUCUCUUUAAGUUCACAAGACAGUUCUAAAUUGUUGGAAAGUGUUGCAGCAGAUAACCACAAGAUCUGUGGAAAGGAGGUGCCUCGCGGUUACUGGAUCUUCUGCCGUGGAAGUAAAAGUGAAACAAGAGGAUUUAGCUGUGGUCUAUGGGUUUUGCUGCAUUCACUUACUGUCCAAAUUGGGGAUGGUGAAAGCCAAUCAACCUUUACGUCAAUAUGUGAUUUCAUACACAAUUUCUUCAUCUGUGAGGAAUGCCGCAAACACUUCUAUGAUAUGUGUUCAAGUGUGUCAGUUCCCUUCAAGUCAGCCCGUGAUCUCAGCCUCUGGCUAUGGAGCACGCAUAACAAAGUUAAUGAGAGGUUGAUGAAAGAAGAAAAGGAUAUGGGAACUGGCGAUCCAUCAUUCCCUAAGGCUAUCUGGCCUCCAAAGGCACUCUGCCCAUCUUGCUAUCGUUCUUCAAGCAGGACAAGUGAUGGGACCUUGCAGGUUGACUGGAAUGAGGACGAAGUAUUUCCAUUCUUGGUUAACUACUAUGGGAAGACGCUCGUAUCAUCCUAUAAAGAAACCUACAUGGAGUCUCUUCAAGGGAGGACGCAAGUAGGGGCGGCACUUGCUGACGAUGCCUCCUCCUCACAUGCUGCAAGAGUCCCAAUUGGAGCUGCCCUGGGUGUUGCAGCUGCCAGCUGUACAUUUGGGGCACUAGCUUGCUUCUGGAGAACUCAGCAGAAGAACAGAAAGUACUCGUACCGUUUACACUCUUUAAAGAAAAUAUGAUUAGACAAUUUUAGGCAAAGAAAGAACUGGAACUGAAAAACAGCCCACCAGUUGCUCACUGUGCACUUCAUCAGAGGUGGCCUCCGUGAAUGUAUAUUUCUUGGAUGGGUUAAAAAUCUUGGUAAGUAGCUCACAGAGAGUGCACAGAAUCCAAUGUUGGAGCUGUCAUUUACAGAUGAAAUACUUACAGAAGCAUGAUGACCUAACCUGCACCUUGUUAUAGGCUCAAAUGUAGUUCUGUUUUUACCAUAUAGUUGUGAUCUGAUUGCUGGACAUGGAUGAGCUGUUGCUGCCCAUUUGAUCCGUAAAAUUUUGAACUCAAUGUUAAUCCUGAAGUAUUGCGACUUUUAUCGGAUAUACUCUGUCUAUGGUAUCGAAAUUUGUGCUGUCGACGACAGCAUGGUAGUGCACCUAGAGGCUGAUAUACCUUACACAAGCAGCAUUUGGGACUGGCGAAUUGUCGAGCAACAAUAACAACAACAAUGAAGGCGACAAAGUGAUUCCUGCAUUUUCUCUGCGCAUCGAAUGUACAUUGCACAUUUCUAAAAUUCCUACAUCAUCUUGUA